CUUAAUCGGUUGCUAGCUGCAUCAUCUCGUAUCUCGUGUAGAGUAGCUAUAGUUCAUUCAUUCGUGCAAGCAAGCAUGGCCAUGGAGUUGCUCGUGUCCUACCCUGAGGUCUUGCUAGCCAUCGUCUCCUACCUGUGCCUAUCCCUCUUGCGCCUCAUCUUGCGCUGCCAAAAGAGCGGCAUCCCAGUGAAGUGGCCUGUGGUUGGGAUGCUCCCCUUCCUGGUGAGGAAUAGGCACCACAUCCAUGACAAAUUCGCACAUGCCCUCCACGAGGCCGGGUGCAACUUGAUGUUCACCGGCCCGUGGUUCCUCGACAUGGAUUUCUUCCUCAGCUGCGACCCAGCCACGGUCAACCACUGCUUGAGCGCCAAGUUCAACAACUACCCGAAAGGCGGUGAGUUCGCCGAGAUGCUCGACUUCCUCGGCAAUGGGAUCAUCGUGUCCGACUCCGAGUCAUGGGAGUACCAGCGGCAUAUGGCGAUGCACAUCCUUGGCUCCCGUGCCUAUAGGACCUUCUCCAUGUCGACCAUCACCACCAAGGCCGGCGCAACCUUGCUGCCCUACCUGGAGGGCAUGGCUAGGCGCGGGUCGGAGGUCGAGCUGGAGGGCGUCUUCAUGAGGUUCCUGCUUGACGUUACCUACACCAGCGCUUUCGCGACUGACCUUGACGGUUUGUCCAUGUCCCUCCCCAUCCCUGCGUUAGGCCAAGCCACCAAGACGGCGGAGGAGGCGGUGAUGUUCAGGCACACGGUGCCACGGAGCUUGUGGAAGCUCCUGAGGGCGCUCAAAGUCGGGAGCGAGAAGAAGAUGGCCGGUGCAAGGGCGGUGAUUGACCGGCACAUCUACGAGGAGAUCGCCAAACGGAAGGCACAUCUCCUGCAGGGGCAGGGAGAAGAGGGAGACGUGCUGUCCAUGUGCAUCAAGUGGCCCAUGGAUCCCAGCAUGAGCGAGCAGCACAAGACCCAGUUCCUGCGUGACACGGUGCUGGGCUUCAUCUUCGCCGCCAAGGACCUCACUGCUGUCACACUCACCUGGUUCUUCUACAUGAUGUGCAACCACCCGCAUGUCGAGGCGAGGAUCAUCGAGGAGAUCACGGCCCUGCUGCAGCUGCAGAGCACGACGAUGCCCGCUGGAAGCCUGUCCGUCUUGGACGGUGACAUGCUCCGGCAGGCUGUUUACCUCCAAGCUGCAUUCCUUGAGACACUCAGGCUCUUCCCGGCGUCCCCAUUCGAGGAGGUGGAGGCCGUCAACGACGACGUCCUUCCAAAUGGUACCAGGUUAAGCAAGGGCACAAGGAUCGUCUUCUCGCUCUAUGCCAUGGGGAGGCUUGAAGGGAUAUGGGGCAAGGACUGUGCGGAAUUCAGGCCGGAGCGGUGGUUAUCCAAGAGCAGCCGCCUCCGGCACCAGCCAGGAUAUAAGUUCCCGGCCUUCAACGCCGGGCCCAGAAGCUGCGUGGGGAAGGACCUUGCCCUAGGCAGCAUGAAGAUGAUAGCUGCUUCUAUCAUAUACAACUUCAAGGUCCAGCUGGUGGAAGGUCAUGCUGUCAUGCCUGGAAGCUCCAUCGUUCUGCACACACGGAACGGGAUCAUGGUCAACCUCAAGAGAAGGGAGGCAGCAGCUGCUUGAUUUAUUUGUAAUCUCUCUUCUUACUUGUAUUACUUUGUUUGCCUACGUAUGUGUUGGCUUCUUCAUGCAGAAUCCAUGAGAUGGAAUAAAUUAAUUCAAGACCUUUUUA